AGGAUAUGUCGGGGCGAUAGUUCAGAUUGCGCCGCCCCUCAUGUUAGAUGGAGACUCCCCCUCCGGUUGUUACUUAUCCCCUCCACAACAAUUUUGACCGAACAGCGAUGCGAACUGUUGCUUCUGGUGACUUAAUGCGGUGACAGAGGUUUAGUAAAUAGACGCUCGCCUAAGAAUCUCGAUUUGUGUGUCUGAGCGGUGUUGAAGAGGGCGGUCGGCGUACCAAGGGGACGAGUAGGUGUCGGCGAAUUUGCUAGCUAAUCCUAAAGCGAUAAUGAAGAUGCUAAAAAUGAUAAAAAUAAAGGAACAGGAACAGGGAAAGAGAAGAACAAAGAAUUUCCGUCCGCUUGACGGGUUUCCCGAAGAAGUGGUAAUAGCGAUCAAAGAAACACGAGAGCGCGAGUCCACACGGUGUUGGAGGUGUUCAGACUUGAAUGUCGCAGCGACGACACAUUCCUGGACGGUGUUAUGCAAGCGCGGCUGUGUGUCAGGCUAAGAAGCCUCCGUUUUUUUAAGGGGGGGGUCGGUAGUGGAGAUAGCGUUGCAAGGCUCCGGAAUAGUUACUGGGUGGCUUCAGAGUGGUUAUGGGAUUAUGAAAAGCCUAUCUUUUUAGUGCACAGACAACCAGAUAGCAGAUGGAUGGAUGCCCUUGGAUUCUGGGAAGGGAAUAAAAAUAAUAAUGGGAAAAAAAAAAAGGAUAGUGGAUAACGUCUGUAAUUGAAACAGGUAAGGACAGCUUAGCAUGGCACUCCCUUCCUGAAGAAUGAAUGCUGAAGAGGUUCUCUUACUGAUAGAUAGUACUUUCAAAAUCCAAGUAACAGCCAGAUAUUGGCAGGCAAUAGAUAAAAAUCCAAAAUAAAAUUGAAAUUUAAGAAAAAUAUCAAUGAAGGAUUGAUG